AUGGCGAAGAUCUUGCUCCUGCUUGCGGUGGCCGCGGCCGUGUGCAGCGUGUUGGCCGAGCCUCCGGUGGACCGCACCUACCUUCCUCCGGGCUCCGGAGGAUAUUCCGGCGGCCCCGGCGGUCGGCCCUCGCCCGUCCGCUUCAGCGGCAGCGGCGCUCCUUCCCCGGUGUACGGCGCUCCCGGAGCCGGAGGACGCGGCCUUGGCGGCGCCGGCGGCUCCAGCUACUCGGCUGCGGCCGCGGGCGCGCCCAGCCGUCUCGGCAACGGCCCCGCCCCCGUCUACGGCGCCCCCGGCUUCGGAGGCUACAACGGCGCCCUGUCCGGCACCACCGAGGACCCCCUGGCUGAACCGGCCAACUACGAAUUCCAGUACGAAGUGCAGGACUUCGAGUCCGGCACGGACUUCGGCCACCAGGAGAGCCGCCAGGACGAGUUCGCGCAGGGCGAGUACCGCGUGGUGCUGCCCGACGGGCGCACGCAGAUCGUGGAGUACGAGGCGACGCCCGAGGGCUACAAGCCGCAGAUCCGCUACGAGGAGACUGCCGAGGGCGCGGCGGCGGCGCAGCGCGCCGAGCAGCGCGCCCAGGCCAUCCGCGACGCCGUCUCGGGGCUGGGCGGCUACAACUACGACGCCCCCAGCGGGCCGUACUAG